GUGUGUGUGUGGUGGUGUGUGGGGGUGGUGUGUGUGGGUGGUGUGUGGUGUGUGUAGUGUGUGUGGUGUAUAGUGUGUAACUGGUGUUGGUGUGUGUGUAGUGUCUGUGUGUGUGUAGGUGGUGUGUGUGUGUAGGUGGUGUCUGUGUAGGGUGUGUGUCUGUGUGUGUGUGUGGUCUGUGUGUGUUUGUGGUGUAGGUGGUGUUGGUGUGUGUCUGUGUGUGUGUGUGUGGGAGGUGUGUGUGUGUCUGCGUGUGUGUAGUGUGUGUGUGUAGUGUGGUGUCUGUGUGUGUGUCUCUGUCUGUGUGUGUGUAGUGUCUGUGUGUGUGUUGUGUAGUGUGUGUGGUCUGUGUGUGUCUGUGUGUGUGUUGUCUGUGUGUAGGUGGUGUCUGUGUGUCUGUGUGUGUCUGUGUGUGUCUGUGUAGUGUGUUGUGUGUGUCUGUGUGUGUGUGUGUGGUGUGUCUGUGUCUGUGUGUAGGUGGUGUCUGUCUGUGUGUGUGUCUGUGUGUUUCUGUGUGUAGUGUGUGUCUGUGUGUCUGUCUGUGUGUGUGUAGUGUGUGUGUGUCUGUGUGUGAGUAGUGUGUCUGUGUGUGUGUCUGUGUGUGUCUGUGUGUGUGUCUGUGUCUGUGUGUGUGUAGUGUGUGUCUGUGUGUCUGUCUGUGUGUGUGUAGUGUGUGUGUGUCUGUGUGUGAGUAGUGUGUCUGUGUGUGUGUCUGUGUGUGUCUGUGUGUGUGUUGUCUGUGUGUGUGUAGUGUGUGUCUGUGUGUGUCUGUCUGUGUGUGUGUAGUGUGUGUGUGUCUGUGUGUGAGUAGUGUGUCUGUGUGUGUGUCUGUGUGGUGUGUAGUGUGUGAGCCGGUCCCCUGCCCGCGAUGUCUGAGCGGGAGGGGUGCCCCCUGCAGGGCGCCAUGAGGAUGGUGAAGGCGGCCGUGCAGCUCGACGCCGAGGGGAGGGCCCUGGACGCGUACCGCGCCUACCUCUCCAGCAUCGCCCACGUUAGCCAGGCGCUGCUCGCCGUCGCUCAAGAGAGACCGGCAGCCAAUGGGGCCACUGCUGGCCUCUCUGCCCUGGAGGACAAGCUGCUGAGGCUGGUGGAGCACAGCGUGGAGCGUGCGCGGGCGACAGGCACAAGUCUGCCGGCGCAGCGGGACCACUGUGCCGGAGAACGCGGCGCAGACGUGGACGGUGGCUGCCCUCCCGGCGUGAAGACGGCGGCACAGCCAGGCCCGGAGUCCACAGUUGAGGGCGACCGGCCGCUGCCCAAGCCUCGGACGAACAUCCUCCGUGCCUUCCCCUCCCCGACACUCUUCCAGAAACAGCAGCAGGAAGCAUCGGUCUCCUUCAAGAGGAAGUUGGGCCCGGUAGAGGAGGCACGUGUGCAGAACAUGAAGCUGAUGGCGGCAUACCGCGCACGCAUGUCUCGACUCAACCCACGGCACGCGUCCGCCAAGACUGCGCUCAACCUGAGCUUGGAGCGGCGAAUGAUGGAGAAUCUUCUCAUUGCCAAGGCGCAGGAGACUGCCCUGCAGCGGAAGAUGGUGGAGCGAAGACAGAGGCUGAGGGAGGAGGCUGACAGGCGCCUCUCCCAGAAUGCCGCACUGUCGGCCACGGAGCCGGAGCGACGCAGCGUGUUGGCCCGCGUGCUGGAGUACGAGCAGGACAACGAGUGGCCGAGGCAGUGGAAGGCUCGGCUCCGGGAGCGCCCCGACGACUCCGCGCUGGUCUCGGCUCUCAUCUCCACGCUGCUCAGCUGCGGGGAGCACCCCCUGACUCAGCUGCUGCAGGAGCAGCAGCUGAGAGUCUACAAGAAGCUGCACCCCCUUGUGAGCAAAGCCACCCAGGGGCAACUCGGGGACGACGGCGACGGUGGCAGUGACAGUGGUGGCAGCGGCACCCCGGAGCCAGCACCAGCACCAGCAACAGCAGCACCAGCAGCAGCACCACCAGCAACAGCAGCAGCAGAAGCAGCAGCAGCACCAGCAGCACCUGCGCCCAGUGUUCGCUCUCCCCUCGGCCCAGACGUGGCUUCGCACGGCGCGGAUUGUGGGAUAACGGAGAGAACCAAGCGGGCCGUCGUGGUGCAGAAGUUGGCACCAGAGUCUGGGGAAGAGAGACCGAGCGUCAAGGCAGACUGGGGAGCGUCCCCAGACACCCGCGUGGAAGACGCCCGAGGAGUGCCCAGAGACGGCUCCUUCGAGGAGCUGGGCGUGGAGCUGACCGGGCGUGAGGGUGAGCUGCUUCGGGGCAGCGAUGACGACGAGGACGAGGAGGGGAGGGGGAAUGCCGCCCUGCGCUUCAUGGAGGAGCAAGCACUGCGAGAGCACCUGAAGAUCAUCGUCAACGAUGUGCACACCUGCAUGGACUCUCUGCUGGAGCUGUGCGUCCUGGCGUUCGAGCAGCUGGAGUCUCCUGCGGGGCGAGAUCAGUGCCUGGCGAGUCUGGAGGAGGCCUUCUUCAAGCCCCUGUGGCCUCCCCUCCUCGCCCUGUUCAGGAUGGUUCACGGCGCGGAGGAGCGGGCGCUGGCGACGUGGAUGGCGGCGUACGCCCUCGCGACGCCCGGCGACCUCGGGGUGCCCCCCGAGCUGCGGCUCGUGCCGGGCUGCAGCCGCCCGGCCGGCCCCCCCGGCGACGCUGCAGCCGACGUCUCCUCCUCGGAGGGCGACGGGCGAGUUGAUUUCCCGUACGGCGCCGCGGUGGAGGAGCUGAGGAACCUCGCCCAGCACUGCUGCCCGCAGCGCAAACUCGACUGCAUCGUGCGGACCACGAGACAAGUGUGCGAGUGCGUGGAGAGCUUCUACGAGCACCAAGAAGCUGCCUUGAGUCCACCCGCCAUUGGGGCGGACGAUCUGCUGCCCAUCCUCGCGUUCGUGGUGCUGCGGAGUCAGCUGCCCCAGCUCAUCUCCGAGUGCGCCGCUCUCGAAGAGUUCAUCCACGAAGGAUACCUGAUGGGGGAGGAGGGCUACUGCCUCACAUCCGUGCAGACGGCGCUCAACUCGGUGACAUCGCUUCCCAUACCUUGCGGACAGCCGCCAACGUAGCGCUACCUCCUCACGGCCGCGGAUCCACGCCUCCGCACCGUCCCUCCUCGGGGCCGUCACCAAACGCCGAGCAGAAGCGCGACAGGGGAGACCCACGUGCAAUCUGGGGUGACGAGUGGUCGGCAUGGGCUCUGGUGCAAGGAAUUAAAUGGGACCCCCCCGUCCUCCUCCCUGUGUUCUGUCUUCGCGCGUCUCCAGCGGUUGAUGCCGAGACGUCUUGGUGUUACGCGGGUUCGUGUGACACCCGCGGCGAUCGCAGCCAUGCGGCUGCAGGGUUUUAACGCUGCUGCCCCUACCGAGUUGCAACAAUCGGCCACCACAUGAGAACGUCUUCCUCAAACCGCCGCCGCUCACCACCCGCUCCUAAACCCCCCCUCCUUUCUCUGCGUAGCUCCGGCAGCACGAUAAAUGACAUCACUGAAAAACAGAAUUUCUCAGUUUCGACUCCUCUCCGUCAGUGGAAUCAGUGGGGAAAAACAUCACAGCUGCAAGAAGGCCGAUUGUGUCACGUGAUCUCAUGUACAGUACAGCUACAUCCCUUUCAUAAAUCCACUUCUGGGCUCUGGCCCUCCUGUCGUACGGGGAUCGUGGUGAGCAGACCAACGGGGAGCAUAGAAGUACAGUACAGCAAUGUGUUCUGCUGCACUUCCCUCUGUCGCCCAUAAUGUAGUCCUGCCGCCUAUAACACCUUCUAUACAUAUACUUGGCAGUCGUAUCCAUGGUCAACCCUGAUAAGUUUUGGAGAUCUGCCGUAUUCCGGGCGAUUUGAUCAUAGGCAGGUCAAACCAAAUAUACCGUACAAAAUAAUGAAACAACUUCUAAUGCAGUGGUACUUGCCACCAAAAAGCAAAACACUCACCACAAAUCUUCGAGGUACGUAAUUGAAAAAAAAACUGCACCAAUGCUGUAAUUACAAUUUCUGUAAAAGAAGGAAUAUAUGUAGUUUUGUGCAAUUGUGGUAUUGUUGAUGUUGCGGGUUAAGAAAGCCAUAUUGCCGCUUGCUUUUAUGGCAAGUGCAGCGAUGGGGUUCAUCGCGUGCAGAAGUUGGCCUGAAGCCCACAAACAAAUGUGCGUCAUGAGGAGACUUCUCAUCCAGACAGAUUAUUAUAUAAUAAAAGCCUAACGGUUA